GUGGUGCGGAGCAUGUGCGCGUGUGCAGUCCCUCCCAUGACAAGAGCAGCACAGGGACACGGAAGCAGAGUGUGAGCUUAAGUAAAGUGUGAAUAGAGGAGAAAAGGGGGAGGGAAGGCAUAUAAACACAUACUUGUGGCUGAUGUAAGAAAAAACGGAUCACGAUGGUGUGAGGGUUUUUGAAUGGACAGAAGGAAGGGGGGAUCAGGCUCUUCCUUGCGAUGUUCUGAAUAAGAUUGUUUAGAUCUAGAUUUCCUGAGUUACCUCAUUCCAUUACUAUCACUCCAUCAUGUCGCUGUUGACUCACGUGCUGGCCUGCCUGUUCGGGAUGGGCUCCUGGGUGGCGAUCAACGGGAUGUGGGUGGAGCUACCCUUGGUCGUACCAGAGAUCCCAGAGGGCUGGUUUCUGCCAUCCUACCUCACAGUCCUCAUCCAGAUGGCCAACAUAGGUCCACUCUUCAUCACUCUCAUGCACCACUUCCGCCCUGGUACACUAGACGAGCGGCCGGUCAUAUACUGCAUCGUAGGGUUGGGGGUGAUUGCGACAUUCCUGCUGGCCUUCUUCUGGAAGCACACAGUCGCAAUCGGGGGCUCUUUUCACAGCGUUCCCCUGCUGGUGCUAAGCUUCCUGCUCUCUGUUGUUGACUGCACCUCCUCUGUUACCUUCCUGCCUUUCAUGAUGAGGCUGCGUCCACAGUACCUCACUACGUACUUUGCAGGCGAAGGCCUCAGUGGUCUGGUGCCUGCAGUGGUGGCUCUGAUUCAAGGUGUUGGUGUAGUCCACUGUCAGAAUGUCACUUUGGUUAAUGUUGCUAACGAAACACUUGUGAAUGCAACUAUGCUUGGCAGUGGAGAGCUAAAAGCCAUCUACCAGCCGGCUAAAUUCUCCGCCCAGGUCUUCUUUGUGUUCCUCAGCGUGAUGAUGGUUGUUUGCAUGGUAGCCUUCAUCCUGCUAAACUAUCACCCUGCUGUGGCUCGGGAGAGGAAGAAUGACCUGUACUUCAGUGGUGAUCUGGUUCCUGAGAAAAGGGAACAAGGUCUGUCUCUGCACGCCCAGACACCAGAGCAGAAGCCCAUGAUCAGCCCCCUGGAAGCAGUCAGGAGGGAGCCCAGGAGCUCUUUUUGGAUGGGGACAUAUAGUAGCCUGGAGGUGUUGUUCAUAUUCAUUGUACUUGCCUGGGUCAAUGCUCUGACCAAUGCAGUGCUACCCUCAAUCCAGUCCUACUCCUGUCUGCCGUAUGGGAACAAGGCCUACCAUCUUGCUGCCACCAUGGCGGCUGUUGCUAACCCUGUGGCCUGCCUCAUCGCCAUGUUUGUUCCAAUUAGGUCUCUCUUCUUCAUGGGUUUCUUGACCAUGUUUGGGACUGGAUUUGGAGCCUACAUCAUGGCCAUGGCUUCUCUCAGUCCCUGCCCCCUACUGGUCCACAGUCCCUCUGGAACUGUAGUCAUAGUGCUGGCCUGGAUCCUGUUUGUCCUGUCCCUGUCGUAUGUGAAGGUCAUCAUUGGGGUGAUUCUGAGGGAUGAGGGUCACAGCGCCCUCGUGUGGUGUGGAGCAGUAGUGCAGCUGGGCUCCAUGAUUGGGGCUUUAUCGAUGUUCCCAUUGGUCAGUGUCUAUGGACUUUUUAAGUCAGGUGAUGCUUGCAAUACCAAGUGUCCAAUGUAGAGAAUAUGUAUGUUUAAGUUAUAGUGUAAACACUGUUGUACAAUUUCUGAAACAUUACUUGCGCUGUUUCUUAAGUAGCACUGAACUCACUGCAGUAGUUUUUUUUCUUUACAUAUUCCUACUUUUUGUACAGCUGUUAAGUUGCAGAGCUGGGCACACUGUUAAUCCGUUAACAAUUAAUUGGAAAAACGAUUUCACUUUCGUUAAAUUUAGUUUCCAAUAACAUCAUUUUCCUUACUUUAAUCCACCUUAGACAUUUCAAGUCAGCUGACCAUUUUUCCUCAAGCUCUCAUUGGCUUUAGUAGCCUAGGAACAGAAAAUGGAAGUUCCUGAUUGGUCAAAUGAGGUGUCAGCCAAAAGGUCAGCGUGCAAGAACUUUUGCAGAGUAAACAGCGGAAGUUUUGAAUCAAUUCAUGGAUCUUUAAGGAUUUAAUGUCUUUGAUUUAAAUCUUUUACUGGAUUUGGAUCUCGGGGACCCUUGCCAUUGCAAGGAAAAGAGUAGUAUGAAACAGAAAGACGUGUUUUGGCGGUGGUCUGACAGAUGCGUAGAUUGUGGCUGCUGUGUUGGUCAGAUCUUGAAAUUGUUUAUUCGGUUGGAAGCAUGGUAAGGGUAAUAUACACAGCAGUCUAAAAGACGUUGACAAUGAGUAAACAUACCUAGUCCGCUGGCGGGCGGGUGAGAAAUGAAAGUUUCUAUUACUUUUAGACUUUCAACAGAGACAUAGAAUAAAAUAGAAUAGAAUAGAAUUACUUUAUUGAUCCCAAACUGGGAAAUUGUGGCAUUACAGCAGCAGGUUAUCCAACACACAAUAUGAGUAAAA